GCGAUAUGCUGCCAUAACAAAUAGUUCCACUCUGUCACUUCGUUAGUAAUAGUGACAUUUUUCACCAGCAGCACAGACUUUUAUUUUAGAUCAGUGCCCGUUUGUUUUGGACAACGAUUCGCACCGAUGUGAUCACGGCUUCUGAUUAACUUCCCAAGCCCUCGAUCCUCCAGCCAUGGAUUCGGAAGGCCGAGCCCUGCAGGAGCAGGAGGAGGCGCCGGUCAUCCUGGAGAACGGGGAGGUGUACAGGAACCCCACGGAGGUGAAGAUGAGCCAGAUCGUGCUGCCCUGCCACGCCAACCACCGGGGGGAGAUAAGCGUGGGCCAGCUGCUCAAGUGGAUGGACACCACGGCCUGUCUGUCUGCUGAAAGGCAUGCUGGGUGUCCUUGCAUCACCGCGUCCGUAGACGACAUCUGUUUCGAGCAUACGAUAGGGGUGGGUCAGGUGGUCAACAUCACGGCUAAAGUCAACAGAGCUUUCAACUCAAGUAUGGAGGUGGGGAUUUUGGUCAGCUGCGAGGACCUCUUCACUGACCGGCAGUGGCGGGUGUGCCAGGCCUUCGCCACCUUUGUGGCGCGGCGCUCGGAAGCGGGCAAGGUGCAUCUGAAGCCGGUGGUGCCGCGCACGCAGGCGGAGCAGCUGGAGCACAGCGUGGCCGCCGAGCGCCGCAGGAUGCGGCUCGUCCACGUGGAGAUCAUGAAGGACCUGCUCAGCAACGCCACCCUGCAGAAAGUGGAUGAGUGCCAGGAGCACCAGGACGCGGUGCCCGCGGAGAGGACGCGGGUGGAGAGCGUGGAGCUGGUGCUGCCCCCUCACGCCAACCACCAGGUCAACACCUUCGGGGGCCAGAUCAUGGCCUGGAUGGAAAACGUGGCCACCAUUGCUGCCAGCCGCCUGUGCAACGCGCACCCCACCCUGCGGUCGAUAGACAUGUUCCACUUCAGAGGCCCGUCCCAAAUCGGGGACCGCCUGGUUCUGAAGGCCAUCGUCAACAACACCUUCACGCACAGCAUGGAGGUGGGCGUGUGCGCGGAGGCCUAUCAGGCCGGGCAGACGCUGAGGCACAUCAACAGCGCCUUCAUGACCUUCGAGGUUCUGGACGAGGACGGGAAACCCCGCACGCUGCCGCGAAUCCGACCGGAGCCUGUGAAUGGGAAGAGGCGAUACCGGGAGGCCAUCGCCCGGCGGAAGAUUCGAUUGGACAGGAAGUACAUCAUCUCCUGUAAGCAAACCGAGGUGCCUCUGUCCGUCCCCUGGGAUCCCAGCAACCAGGUGUACCUGAGCUACAACAAUGUGUCUGCCCUGAAGAUGAUGGCCGCCAGGAACAACUGGGUGUUAAAUUCGGAGAAAAAUAAGGUCAGCCUGUACACCCUGGAGGAGAACCAGGUCCUGUGCUUCAGGGUGGAGACCCAGGUGAAAGUCCCCGUGGAGCAGGUCUUCCUGCUGAUGUCGGACCUGAGCCGGAGACAGGAGUGGGACAGGAACUACGAACAGUGUGAGGUGAUCACCCAGGUGAACGAAGACGACACGCUCUACCGCGUGGUCACCCCCUCGGUCAGCAAAGAGGGGAAAGUCCAGGACUUCAUCCUGCUGGCGUCCAGGCGGCGGCCGUGUAAUGCUGGGGACCCGUACGUGGUCGCCCUGCGGUCUGUCACCCUGCCCACUCACCCCAGCACGGAGGACUACAAACGAGGGGAGGUGCUGUGUGCGGGGUUCAGUAUCUGGGAGGUCUCCAGCAGGAUCACAAAGAUCUCCUACUACAACCAGGCCACGCCUGAGGUGCUGCCCUACAUCUCCACUGACAUCGCCGGGCUCUCCUCCACCUUCUACAGCACCUUCAGGUCCUGCAGCCAGUUCCUGGAGGAGAACAAGGACAGCCUGGAGGCCGUGGCCUCCACUCCGCUGUGACGCCUGCCUUGUGAGCAGGGGCGUCCGGGCGGGGCAGAAGCCCGACAUGGGGGUCCCUCUUAUGAGGUGCCCCAAACUGCUCUGACACGGUACAUCCCAGCUGGAGCCAGGGUGUAUGGACUGUAAAUGUUGUGGGUUUUUUUCCACCAUUCCAUCAGCCACAGCUGUAUUUAUAGCCUUAUUGGUGCCAUUUAACUGGGAUUGGGAGCUAAUUUGCUAAAGGAGUUUGACUUAUUUUACUCUGCGUUUUUUUACCUUUUGAGACAGUGCUUUCCUUAUUGUAAGUUCAGUGGAAGUGAACUGGUUUAAAGGCAUGUCUUUCUUUGAUGGCAUUAUAUACGACAACUUAUACUUGUCUGCAACAAACCUUGAACAGUACCGGAUGUGACUUAAGAAAUAGAAUUGUAAUAUUGCAAUAUUUCAAUAGAAUAUUCUGGAAUAUGGAAUCAGUACUGUAGUCACAUUUGGAUUGCAUAUUAUUAUUUAGGUACUAAAAAAUAUUUCACAGAUGUCUCUUACAAGGCCGAGUUGCGAAAAAGACAUUCUGCAAUUAACAGGAACUGGGCAUAUUUAUAUUUUGGGUAUUUUUCUAGGAAUUCUGGCAGUGCAGUGGUGCAAAAGUGGAAUUUUCUAUCUCCAAUAAUUAUGCUUCACAGUCUAUUUCUUUUCAAAUAGAUGAGUGAAAACAAGACAAGAUGUUGGCAAUCAUGCUGUAAAUGUAAUUCUAUAUAAAGAAAACACUAUUUAAUGAGCAGCAAUCAAGCCUUUCAUAUUCAAGUCUUUAUACAGGAGUUGGAACAUCAGUGAGCUGAAAAUAAUUUAUGAAUACUGAGCAUCAACACCCUGUCACAUUUUUCAAUGUAAAUUAUGGGCCUGGACAAAAACAAUAAAUAAGCAACUACGUGGCAAAUUAAUUUCCUCUUUUGUUAAAUCUCCUUUGUUUUUUGUUUCUUCUAGACUGUUUCUUGGGGAUUUAUUGGCCUGUUGAAUAACCGUUCACAGACUCUCAUCCACUGUAUUUGCCAGAAUGUGGUUUAGUAAUCGACUGGUGUUUCACAGACUGAUUUUGCACAGGGCUAAGGGGUGUAUUCAGUCUAACUGCAGUGGGAUUUGUCUGUAUAUUAAACUGCACACUUGUUACAGUUUGUAUGUAUUAAAAAAAACUUUUUUUUCAAAAAUA